AUGGCCCACGCAGCAUCUGCAUCCUCAUUCUGGUCACUCGACUACACACAAGCGUAAGGUAUACCCACCCUUGAGCUCCGGAACGUGUGAACAGACACUGAUCGCCGCUCAUAUGGUCCUACAGCACGCCUUCGAUGUCCAAGUCGGCGCUCGACCCUCCUGGUCACGUUGCACCGUCCUCGCUCGAAGUACGCUGCAUCUCGGGUGUUCCGUAUUGUUGUGGCAACUAAUCAGGCGCUUCGCAAUGUAUUACAGUCAUCCGCACACUCAGCUAUGAUAAAGACCAGCGAUCUCUCCGGGUUGCGCCAACAAAAGGCAUGGGAGAUCGCACUCGCCCCGGCCAAGAACGUGCCCAUGCAAGGUCAGCAACUCGGACACCUACACCCAGUCUUGCAUGAGUUCUUUUCUGACCUGCCUGUGUCUCCGCUCCCGCCUUGCCAGCUUUUAUGAUGUACAUGACCGGAGGUGGGGUGCAAAUCUUCUCCGUCAUGAGCGUAUGGUUCCUGCUCAAGGGUGCAGUACAGGGGAUAUUCUCGGUACAGCAAGGUCAGUCUAUCGAGUCUGCUGUCCUACAACACAUGCCGCGACCUCUGCUCUGAUCAGCCUUCUCUUUCUUCGAUAAAAAAGUGUUCGCCCCUUUCGCCUCGAAGCCCACCACGACCGGGACCUCGACCUCGGCCGCCCCAUCGCUUUUCAACCAAAAAGCCGUCUUCAUCCUCUGCCAAAUCGGACUCCUCGGCGUUGGUCUGUGGAAGUGCAACUCGAUGGGCCUCCUACCAACACAUCAAAGCGAUUGGUUAGCCUUCACCGAACCGAUGAAGUGGGAACCGUUAUAG